UGCGGCGGAGCCAGAGAGCGGCCAACCUCUCCCUGCUCGUCCGUCUUCCCUCCCUCCCUCUCUCUCGGGCGCCGGUCCUGGACGGGGCCUUGCAAUGCCUGUGCUUGGCCUGAAGGGGGCUUUCGGGUCCCCGGAUGUCUUGUCAGCGUUGAUGCGGGGCUGAGCCUUGGGAAAGGCGAGCGACAGAGAGAGCGAGCGCCGGAGCUCGGGCAGCGAAGCGGGGGGGACGGGACGGGAGAAGGGGCUGCGCGCGCGUGCGAGCGAGUGGGUCGCCCCCCCUAAAAGUGUUGGUCUCGAGCAGGCGAGCCUCCUCUUCCUCCUUCUCCGCAAAUGGAGGAGAAGUGUUUGGGCGCUGGGGGAUAGGGAGGGCGCGACGACGUUCCGCCGAUGGCCAGGAGAAGACGCUCCGGUUGCUAAACUCCCACCAUGGCUGCCCAGUCGAGCUUGUACAAUGAAGACAGGAAUUUGCUCCGCAUCCAAGCAAAAGAGAGGAGGAAUCAGGAAGCUCACCAAGAAAGAGAGACAUUCCCUGCAAAUAUCCCACUCUUUGGAGAACCUUACAAGAUCCACAAAGCAGAUGAGCUGUCCAACCGACUUCAGAAAAUGUUUGGCAAUUAUGAAGAGAUGAAGGAGCUCAUUGGGAUGCCCAGCAGUGUCAUGUCCCUGAUCUCUCCGCACAAGCCAGGUCGCCCACUGUUCCCUGACAAGACCAGCAACGUCUUACCCCCCUCAUUCCACAACAGCAGCCAUCCUUACAAGCCCUUGGGACCGCUUCCUGCCGGCGCUCCUCCUGCAGGUAACCCAGCUCACUACCAAAAGGCUCACCCGAAGCUUGAGCCGACCUUGCAAAGUGGUGGGAUGUCCAGCAGCCAGAGACGAGGACAGGAGCAGAGCAGCAGCAAGACUCAGGAAGUCCCGAGUAACAGGCACCAGCAGAAAAGUGAAAGAAGCAUUGAAGAAGAUAUUGCACGUGAGGUGCAGGCCUCCCUUUUGGAACUUUCCCCCUUGCUGUCGAGCUUGUCUUCCCCGGUAGGACCUUUGUCACCUUUACAUUCCAGCCAGCGUGUCAAUUCCAGGCCUUGCAGCAGCAGCAACAACAACAACAACAAAAACCACGGGCAGAAAAGCACUCCUGCUCAAGAGCUGGUGGCUGGGGCGUGUGAUAACGAGACUCGGGAUGGUUUGACCUCCGCUGCGGCUCCUGCUGCCCAGCCUUCCAGCCAGACGUUUCCAUCAUCCCUGUCAUCAAAACCCAGUGCAAUACAGCAGAAACCAACUGCCUACGUUAGACCAAUGGAUGGUCAAGAUCAGGCACCAGAUGAGUCCCCGGAACUCAAGCCACUUCCCAAGGAAUACCGUGAACCAUCCUAUGGGAAAAUAACCAGCUUAAAAGCCAAUCCCAAGACCAACUUGCCUAAAUUGAAAAUACCUGCCGAACCACUUGAGCAGUCUUUCUCCAAUGAAGUUCAUUGUGUUGAAGAAAUUUUAAAGGAAAUGACCCAUUCAUGGCCGCCUCCUUUGACAGCCAUCCAUACACCUAGCACAUCUGAGCCUUCAAAGUUUCCUUUUCCUGUAAAGGAAACCCAGCAUGGAAACCCAGGAUCAGUGAUACAGAGCCAAAAGCAAUAUGAUGCAUCUUCUAAGUCAUCAGUUUCUCAGCAAGGAACAUCGACGUUGCAUGAAGAUCUUCAACUCAGUGAUAGUGAAGAUGGUGAUGAUGACCAAGUCAGUGUUUCUGAUAAGCCAUCUUCUUCCUCCACACCUCCAAGUGCCCCACAGUCGCAGCCUGAGAGCCUGGCAUUGGCCCAUUCCAGCAGCCCGGAGUCUGGAAGCACAAGUGACUCAGACAGUUCUUCCGACUCCGAGAGUGAGAGCACCUCUAGUGACAGUGAAGCAAAUGGCCCCCCUACAAGAGCCUCCACACCUGAGCCUGAUCCACAAGCAGCUGAAAAAUGGCAGCUGAAAAACUGGUGGAGACCCAGUGAGCGUGUCCUUGAGGACGACCGCAGUAGAGGGAGUUUCCAGGAGGGGAAAAGCCAAGGGAAAACAUUUAGUGGAAGUAGUGCCAACAGCAGCAAAAGGGAAUGUCCCCAGCCACCAGAUGGUCACUCGAAAACUGCCAGCAAAUCUUCUCGGUCAUCUCAAGAGGUGCAUCUCCCUACCAAACGGAGCUACCAGAAGUCUCCCGUUCCCACGGAAGAGCCCUUCCACCAGACAGUGGGCAGCAAACAGCCCAGGAAGCCCAACAAACCCACAGUGCAAGAGGAGCCGAAGAGAGGCUUAACAGUGGAAAGCGAGCCCCCUGGCCUUUAUGGGGCCAAGGACCAGUCUUCCAAAGACAAGCCCAAGGUGAAAACGAAAGGGAGGCCAAAGUCUGGCGAUAAGAAAGAACACAAAGCCACUGUUCCGGAGCCCUCCGAGAGGAAAAAGCACAAGAUAUUGCACCAGUCCUCUGUGAAAUCAUUUUCAGACCGGGAUGAUGGAAAGGACAGAGGGGUUGGCGGCACUGUGGAACAAUUGCCCCUCAGCCCACUAAGUGAAAGCCCCAGGGUUCCUGCCACUAGUAGAAGUGGUGGUGCCCCCAAAGGGAGUGUGGUGGUCAAAGAGAAUCAUCACGGAGACAAGCUUCUCUUGCCUGUCAGGGAUAAGAAGCUGUUGUCACCCCUGGGGGACGGCCCAGUUCCUCCGGCACUUGUGGUCAAGAUAGAGCUUGCUCUUCUCUCGCGCGUCCCGGGACCGGAAAGGACAGCCUUCCCCAAAAGACCUGAGGUCAGAGAGAGCCACAAUAUGAAUAAGCAAGAUGCAGACAAAACAAACACAGAUUUCCAGAGCAAAUCUCUCAAAAAGAGAAAGCAGGAAGAUGCUCUGAGAAACGAUCAGAAAAAAGUCAGGCUGGAUAAAGAAACCAAACCAUCCUCAUCAUCAGGUCAUAAAGAUUCCAGUAAAAACAAGAUUUCGAAGCUACCGGCAGAAGCACAAAGAAAAGAGAUGCCUUUGCCGCCACCACCUCCCGUGCAGCCUUCUCCGAAGCCAGCCAAGGUAGCCCAGAAGAGGCCAAAAACUGAACAUGAAAAUGGUGCCUGCAGCCAGCCUCCUGGCCCCAUUCUCAACACUGCCAAGAGCAAGGAAAGCCACAAAGAUUCCUCAUCCUCUAAGCACAGGAAGUUGGAGGGGAAGCCUUCCGAAAGCUCAAAAACCAACAAAGGUUCUGCAGAAUAUGUUCCAGACCGUUUCCCAGUGCCUUCUUUGCCAAAUGGUACCUCCAAGCCAAUGAAACCUCAAAGCAAGCCGCACAGACAAAAUCCAGUGGAAUUUCAUUUAAAAGAAGCCAAAAGGUUGAAGCACAAAGCCGACGCAAUGACAGACAAAGUUGAAAAGGCCUUCAAGUACUUGGAUGCUGCCCUGUCUUUCAUUGAGUGCGGCAUUGCCAUGGAAUCCGAUCCCCACUCGCCAAAGCCAGCGUAUACCAUGUUUGCAGAGACCAUAGAACUCAUCAAGUUCAUAAUGACAUUAAAAUCCUUUGCGGACUCUUCUACAGCCACCCCUGAAAAAAUCUUCAUUGUGUUUUGCAUGCGAUGCCAGGCCAUUCUGUACAUGGCAAUGUUUCGCUACAAAAAGGACACAGCAAUAAAGUAUUCCCGGACCCUGAAUGAACACUUCAAGAAUUCUUCAAGAAUUACACAAGCACCUUCUCCAUGUGUUGCAAGGAGUACGGGCACCCCUUCACCUCUUUCCCCAAUGCCUUCUCCAGCUGGAUCUGUAAGCUCCCAGACAGGGUCCAGUGCCAGCAGCUGUGGAAGUGGCUCUUCAGUUACUGUUCCUCAUUAUAUCCCAACCAUAACCUCUUCCUUUGUCAACAUCACUUCGUAUAUUCUCUACGCCUAUGAUCUCUGGGAACAAGCUGAUGUUUUGGCCAGGAAGAAUAAGAAAUUUUUUUCUAAGCUUAGUGCUGCCGCCUGCACCCUCUCCUUGAACAGCAGUAUGAUUGAACUGGUACACUACACGCGCCAUGGUUUGCAGUGGCUGAGACUGGAACCAAAUACGCCUUAACUGGUGCUUUUGAGGCAAGAACCUUGCCUUGGACUCUUUUGCACUUUGAAUGCCUCAGAAAUAGCCUCCUGGACUGACAUGCUGGAUACAGAGGAAAAAAAGCACCUGGAUCAACACUAGAAUGGUGUGCCUGGUGGAAGAGAGAUGGUGCCACCCAGGAAUUUAUCAAAGACUAUGUUUCUGUGGUGCCAGGAGGUCACCUGGAAGAUUAAUGGUGGAAAAGAGGCCUCAAAGUGGUGGAUGCCUUUCUUUCUUUCUUUCUUUCAAAGGACAAAGUGCAAUUUUCUCUCUCUUUUUAUUUCCCCCUCCCCCCUUUUCAUGGUUUCAUUGUGUCAGUGGUCUAUAAACAUUUCUACAAAAGAAUAACCAGCAGGACAAAAGCAGGCAAAAAUAAGUAAAUAAACAAAUCAACGCAACACGUGAAGGAAGUGCCAGUGAGAAGGAGAUCCACCCACCCAAAGAAUUUUCUGCAACACCUCAAACAAUGCAAAGAAUGUGGGCCCAGCAUAGAAUUCAGAUACAUCUUUCUUUCUUUCUUUUUUCCUUGAUCAACCCUAAAUGCAAUGUGUAGCAUCAGCCUUUGUUUCAAGAGCAUGGGAUGGACAGAGAAUCGGGGGGGGGGGGGAAGAAGGGGAAUCUUCCAACAGCACAACUCAACCUUUUCUUGCUUUUAAAAAUGGCAAAACGACUGGUCUCUCCGUUUGCCAUGUGUAGCCCUUUGUUGCACUACUUCCCUUUUUCUUGCUGCUUGGCUUGUGACUCACAAGAAGCCCCUUGGCCUUGCUUGUGUCACUUCCCGGAUCCUGCCCCUUCCUUUCCGCCCUUGGUCCUUGCUUGCAUAUGGUAGCAACAGUGCACUAGUCCCAGGCUGUCUUGUUUCCUGAUGAUACGUUGUGUGCUUGGGGGCAUGGGCAGUCCCAUAAAGAAAGCAGGACCCUGGGACUCCACUGAGAGAAGCCACUAAGAGCAGAGGAUACCCAGUGGCGGAGACAUUCACCCUGAUUGUGUGCCCCCUGUGCUGCGGGCUGGCAGGCUUGCCCUUGCAACUUAAGUGAAUUGAGCAAUACUGCACUAAUGAAAUGAACUGGAAUUGCUGGCAACGGCUGCUUUCAUUCCUUUUGAAUCUGCUGUUCCUUCAUUUUUUUUUGUCCUACUUCAUGCAGUGGAAACACUCCCCUCAGAAAGUGUUCCAGAAAAGGAUCUUACUUGCCACGUACGUCCAGGCUCUACAUGGCAAGAAGUUCAGGGUUGCAGGAGGAACCAUCUGUGCACAGGAAGCAGGCCCUCCGAGGAUUCCAUGGUGCGGCAGAUCCAGGAGAGAGUCUGCCAGUUGGAAGGGUUCAUAUUAGCUGUAUGAAGAGGAUUUCCUCUUUCAAAUCUUCUACAUAGGAGCAACUUUGCAGCAUGCCGUUUCAGCUCACGUUCUGUGUCGUGCCAGGUUCAAAUGUUUGCCUUUGGUUCUGUACGCCCAGUUUUCCAUGUACAUUGGCAGGUGGUACACCGGACUGUAGGGUUUGGUGUGGUUGCUUCAUUUUGUUAGAUCUGCCAAGGUAUGAACCUCUCCACCCAGCCCCUGCUGGUGCGAUGCAAUGAACGGGCAAUUGUCUUUGAUUUGCAAGCAAAACGAUCUACUUCUUUCAGAGGUUACAGUAGAAAAGAGUGCCUUCAGGACUGUCAUACCUCCUGCUGCAUUUGUUUCCAAUUUACUCUAAAAGUAAUUUAAAAUUUUGUUGUUGCCCUCCUCUUUAUGGUGCCUUAACCCUCCCAUUGACACCUAUCAUUUCCUGAUUUUAAGAUAGACCAGGAGGAAUAUUGUUCAAGUGAAUUGUUCUUGAGCGCUGUGUUAGUAGGCUCUUCUUUUCAGCUGACUCCUAAUGUCAGAGUUGGUCAUUCAUGUGUGUUUGUCCCAUGUAAGAGUACUGCCUCGACCCUUUACAGGAGCUAGCUCUGUUUGGCAGGACCUGUUACGUGCCUGUACAUUUUGCUUAAUAAACGAUGCCUGUAUUUCCACAAGUUUUUUUUUUUUAGGAAGGCUUGUUUCCCAGUCUCUUCAAGACAGCAUCAGCAGUUCUCAGAAUGCUUCCUUGCCAAAGGGCAUCAUGAGGAAGCAUGUCUUGAGGAACAUUAAAGCCUUCAUUGAUUUCAAGGGCAAGCAUCUUUUGCCCAUGAGAAGUAAAGAUUUUCCUUGGGAUUGAACUGGAUUUGUGAUGGUAAGUCUGCAUCCAGUGGGCUCGUGCAAAACAAUCCCCAUAAAGUGCAGUCAGACGUCAAGAGUGCCUUAAAGGUUCCUACACUCUGGUUUCCUGUUGUGAUGCAGUAAACCCUUCCCUUUACACUAGUGCAGUGGUUCUUAACCUUUGUUACUCAGGUGUUUUUUGAACUGCAACUCCCAGAAACCCCAGCCAGCAGAGC